AGGUUCGUAUUACAGUACGAGUGGCACUCAAGAACGCCGGUUGCUUAUUUAAUAGCCAACACAAACACGAUAUUUCAUUCAGCCGCAGGAGCAGCUGGCAGCCGGUACUUUUACAAGGAAGCUGUAAUAAAAAUUCUGCGCGAUGGAUCCCAGUAUUCUCGCAGCCAUGGACAAGGAGGCACUGAAAAAGCAGAUUGAGAACAUGAAGUACCAGGCCUCCAUGGAACGUUGGCCGCUAUCGAAAAGCAUCGCAGCGAUGAGGGAAUACGUUGAGGAGAACGAAAAGAACGAUCCUCUGAUACACGCCCCUGACAAGAAAAACAAUCCUUGGGCUGAAAAAGGAAAAUGCAUCAUCAUGUAAUCAUGUAAUCUAAGUAAAAAAAUAUAUAUCACCAAAAAUUCUAAAAGACAUACCGUUUUGGCACGAGUAAUUAGCUGGUCUGGUCCAAACAUCGACUCAUUGCUGGUAUUGGGAUAAUAUUGAUAAAAAGGAUAAAAUAAAUAAUUAUAAAGAGUCUUCGAAGGUUAUCGAACAAAAUCGAGUUUAUGCAACUGCCAGACAAUAUGAAUAAUCAAAUAUAGUUAUCAUAGGAACGUGUCCACCGGACGUACGAAGUACGCCGCGCCAAAACAAUAGCAUCGUAAUCCGACGUAUCCAGUACACGGUUUUUGUUCCCCAAUAAAAUCUAGUCCUCGUAAAGGUAAUAUUGUAAAGAAGAGUGUACAUUUAGACUGUGCGCAAGCAAGUAUGUACUUAUGAAUGUUUUGUUAAAAGAUUUAAAAAAAAUGGUUGUAAAUACGUUAAAUUUUGUAUUACUAGUAAAGUAACGUUCGGUCGAAUCUAUCGGUAGAGGAUAAAAAAUGAAAAGUAAAUGAUGGACGGUAAAAAAAUGUAAAUUUAAAGUUAAAAGCGUAUGUUCAUACCGACGUAUUUUACUUUCAUGUUAAAUGUGAUUAUAAUUUAAAUGUAAGAGAGCGUCUCGUUAAUGGUCCGAAUGAAACGAAAGAAUACGCGGAAUCCGAGUACUUCCAUGCAAAGAAAAGCAACUUCCUCUUAGAAAUUUGCGUGGAUCCGCUCUGGAUUCCGAUCAGAACUGACCGUUGUACGAAGAACCUAAUUUCUUCUGCUUUGGUUAGUUUUAAAACAAGUAAAAAAAAUUCCCGUUCCUCG